AUCUUUUAUAUACAUUUGGAUCAAAUAAUUGCCUUUGCUGCUAGUUUUUAAAAUUUUGGUAUUAUCAGCGUCUGUUACACAUUAUAGAAUGCAAUCAAUGAGAUCAUUAAUACGCUGCCUGAAGGAGAGAGUGAUUUUGAAGCCGGUCUGUCGGUUUACAAGCAACAGUCUACCGAACCCCAUACUGGUGGACAUGGACGAACAGGAGGAUGUGGAGCCUGAAGAGGAUUUAGGUAUACAUCCAGUGUAUCCCAUAUUGGGCAAUCGCUUUUCCGAUCUAUUCUAUAUGCCUCAAAGUGUGGGUCCGGCCUAUCAGGAUCUUGUAACGACUGCCGAUCAAUUCGAUUUGACCAAAUAUCAAGAAUCAGUUGGCUGGAAUGGCAUUAAGCCAAUCAGAGCCCAAGUGGUGCGAUGUCCCAAACUGCUCCUACCACAUAUGAAACGACUGUUUGUGAUUCCCAGCUCAAAGCUAAACGAACCGGUUAACUUUAGCAUAUUCAAUCUAUAUUUCGACAGUGAUGUGAAUAGUGCCAUUAAGUCAUUUGUCCUCAUCGCCUCUCAAUAUUCAGUCGAAUUCAUGCAGGAUGGCUAUUGGUCGGACUUUGUCAAUCCAUUCACUGGACGUGCUUAUUUUCGACCCGCUGCCCGUCGAAAGCUGAACAAUGAAGCUCGUUCUCUGGGUCACAAUAUGAUAUUUAAGGAAGUCCAUGGCUGCACCGUCAUUAAGGAGGCCAAAAGAUGCACUUUUGCUGGUGCCAUUUUUAGCGAUGUGCCAGUCAGUUACUUUGAGUAAUCCUUCAUAAUUUCUUAAUCAAUGCUCUUACAUUCAUUUACUUUAACAUCUGUUUUGUCUAUGUCCUCCAAAACCUAAUUUGGUUCUUAGCCUAUAUUUCAGUUUAAUGGUUAGACUAAAUAAGUACAUACUUAUGCGUGUGAGUGUUCGCUAAAUAAAUGAUAUGUAACUUUGA